AAGGCAACGAGGACGCCGCCACGGGGACGCUGCUGUACGCAUAAUAUAAUUUAGCACAUAUCAACAUGUCCCAUUGCAUAUCAGACACAUAGCUCAACACAUCUUAUGGAAUACAAACUUAGGUGGUACAAGCGGGCAUCAUCAGCGUGGCGGCGACAAGAUGAGUGGGGCGGAGCAGGGCGGCAUGAGUGAUGACGGGUUGCUGCAGCUUGAGGAGCCGCUCAGGGUGGCUGACGACGGUACCCUGGAGUCCGCGGAGCCUCAAGACGUGGAGGAAACGGAGGAUGAUCUUCAAAUAAUUACAGCAGCUCUAGAUCUUGAUGGAGAGGAAGAGGAUGAAGAAGAAGAGGAAACAGAGAGGGAACGAGGAGAGAAAAUAAUCGACGUUUUAAUUCCCCCGAGUGUUUGGGAAGAAGAGGACGAGAUGGGGACUGUAAGAUGGAUCCAGAGGGUGUCCCGCGAGCCGCCGACGAGGACAGGCGUGAUUCAGUUGUGGGAGCAACUGGACCUGAAGAUCAAAGAGCAGCAGGCGCGGCCCAGGGGGAUUUGCGCCAUCAGGAGGUCCCUCUACCGCCAGUGUUUUGAUGAGCUCAUUCGUCAGGUGACUCUCGACUGCCCGGAACGAGGUCUUUUGCUGUCCAGAGUGAGGGACGAAGCCAGCAUGACCAUGGCGGCCUUCCUGUCACUCUUCAUCAGCGCCUCCCACUUCGGCUCGUCCAAAGCCACGCAAGCCGAGGCAGGCAAGUGGGAACUGGAGGGGGAGCUGCGGGCCCUGGAGGAGGAGGUGGCUGGGCUGCAGGCGGAGGUCAGGAGGCUGGAGGCAUGGAAGAGACAGGUGGGUCGUCGGUGGGAGGAGCGGCGCGAGGUUCAGGUGGCGUUGUUCUCUGAGGAGCUGGAGUGCCUGGAAAGAUCGGAGAAGCAGUACCAGGUCCUGAUUGAAACCCUCCUGGCGAGCAGGAACCCAUAACGUGUUUUUUUUUUCUGUUUGCCUGUGAGCAUAAUUUUAGUAUAGUGCUUGUUGUACAUAAUGAUUAAAUUGUCAGUCAUGAACAGGUCAUUGAAACUACUAAGGGUUUGAGGUGCCGGUUGUGAUAAGUAACAUGAACACUGGACAAUAUGAUGAUGUGCUCCAUGCGUUGUGUUAAGAAAUUCUUACCGUGUCCUUUGUGUCCUGUGGCGAUGAUUGUACUUGUAUAUUUUGUGUAACACGUUUUGUCAAUAAAAUAGUAAAAAAAUUAA